AUGGCGAAAAUUGGGCGGCGGCAGAAGGGCGAGUGGCACCCGGCCGUGGAGAAGCAGUUUUGGGUGGCGCACCGGCGGAGCUACCAGCUGAUCAAGAAGUGGCGGCGCAUCGACAUGCGCGGAUCGUGGUGGCGCUUCUUCCCCUUCCUCGUCGUGUACCGAGGUUUCAACGGACAGAAGACCGUCGGGGUGAAGGAGAGCUACCCGUGGGCGUACCAGCAGUGGCUGGACUCGCUGCUGCGGCUGCCGGCAGUGCGGCAGCGGCGCUUCCUGGCGUUCCGCCACGCCACCUCGCCCAUCACCAACGCCCUCGGCGCCCUCGUCUUCCUCGGCACGCCCUUCUACAUCAAAAAGUGGCAGCGCAACGGGCUGCUGUGGUUUGCGCUGUCGCUGCUCUUCUCAGUGGCGCUGAUGUAUGUCUUCAUCAUCGCCUACACGUCCUUCAUCCAGUUUAUCGUUCUGCUCAUCGCCGGCCGGCUUCAAGAUCCCGGUUUGUGGUGGUUGGGUGGCGUGGCUGUCGCUGUCGGUGGUGGUGAUGUGAUGUAUAUCCUCAUCAUCUCCUACACCUCCUUCAUGCAGUUCAUCAUUCUGCUCAUUGCCAGAGUGGUUUCGGAACGGUGCUGGUUGUGGUGGCUGGGUGUGGUGCUGUUUGUGAAUGUCUGCCUCGCAGUCCCUUUUAGUGUGCCGUGUCGUUCUUUCUCGUCUGUGCCACCUUUGAGAAUUCUCAAAAGCCAUGUCGUUCCUUUCUCUUCUGUGCCACCUUUUGAGAAUUCUCAAAAGCCGUGCCGUUCCUUUCUCUUCUGUGCCACCUUUGAGAAUUCUCAAAAGCCGUGUCGUUCCUUUCUCUUCUGUGCCACCUUUGAGAAUUCUCAAAAGCCGUGUCGUUCCUUUCUCUUCUGUGCCACCUUUGAGAAUUCUCAAAAGCCGUGUCGUUCCUUUCUCUUCUGUGCCACCUUUGAGAAUUCUCAAAAGUCGUGUCGUUCCUUUCUCUUCUGUGCCACCCAUUCACAGCUUCUACACCCAGUCCGGCCCGCAUUUUCUCAUUGCAACAUCAGUCAUGCUGCUGGUGCUGAUCAAGCAGAUCAUGGAUGCGGUGGGCAAACACAGUGUUUUACCAGCGGCAAUCUGUACCACAACCCGGCCUUUGAUUGUUCGCCUGCCAUGUCAGCGCUCGUUAUCCACGCUGGCAAGCUAGACGAGGUGGACUGGUGGGCGUUCCUAUUCCACUGCGCCAUCAUCCUCGUGUGGGACACACUCUUCUUCCUCCCGGCCGCCAUCAUGUCUGUCUGCUCGCACAUCAUCGCGCCCAUCGUCACGGGGACGAUUCAGAAGAUGGUGGUGACGAUCAGCUUCGGGCUGUCGGCCGGGGAUUUGAACCAACGCGGACUACUGGCGAGUCCGCUCACAAGCCACCUCGAAAGGGGUUUCGGAGCGUGGUGGAGAGGCGAAUGGCAGGGAGAAUUGGCACCAAGGCAGGAGGGGAGGAACAAGGGCGUCUCACUACCCCCGCCUGCUAUGGAAGGAGCAGCAGCGGUGGAGGAAAUCGGGGAGGGGGGUGUGAAUGACGCAGACGGAGCAGGUAUGGUGGAAGAUGCUGCUACUGCUGCUGCUGGUUUAUCCAGUAGUGCUUCCGGUGGUUCUGACGCCGCCGCUUCAAGCCCAGGGCUAGCUGCUUCCUCUGACACACAGCAGCACCCAAGCAGUCAAAAGGAGAGAAUGGUACCUGUGCCUGAAGCACCAGAGGACAGUGGCAGAGAGAAGCUAGUGUACGAGUUCCUGUGGGACGAUCAAGAGCUGGCGAUAAUAGCGGAGCAGUCGCAGACCUUCCAGCGGCUCAAGUCCCAAAUGAACAAAAUCGGGCGCAACCCGCGGCUGAGCGAGCGCGAGUUUGAGCGGCAGUUGCAGCAGCUGUGCGUGAUGAUUGAGGAGCGAAUGGGAGAGCUGACUGGCAAGUUCGAUCUCAACCAUGGAGCAUACUUCCGUGAUCCUCGUAUCCUGCGUGUGAUUGCACACUUCAUCGAGAAAAGGGAGCUUCCGGAGUGGUCGAAAGACAUGGAUGGGGAUAUCUGGCGUUGGAACGAGAAUCUGGCCAAGAUUCAAUCCCAGCAGCUGCGGCAGAUGGCGACUGGGAGCAGCUCGGGGGGAGCGGGAGAGGAGAAGGGAAGGAAGGAGGGGAGGGAGAGGGAAAGAGCCGAACUGCGAGGCUGA